UAAAAUUUAUGACACAGCAGCUUUUCAAAAUCCCCCUUCUUAAAUAGCCUUCUUCGUACACUAACCCGUUAUCCAUCUACUGCUUUUAUCGCAAGAUUCGCAAGCAACUCUCUCCCUCUCUCUCUCUCUCUCUCUCUUAGCUUUUUCUAGUCUGAGCCGUUACGCCAUGGGAGCAAAAGAUGGGUGCGGCUGUUGCAGCUGCCUUUGUGGGUGCCUCUUCAGUUGCCUUAUAAGCCUUGUUCUUCAGAUCCUUUUCACCGUGCUCGUCAUCGUGGCCCUCGCGGGCUUUAUCUUCUGGCUCAUCUUCCGCCCCAACGAGAUCAAGUUCCGCGUCACCGACGCCUCGCUCACCCAGUUCAACUUCACGGCCAACGACAACACUCUACACUACAACCUGGCUCUCAACGUCUCCAUCAGGAACCCCAACAAGAGGAUCGGAAUAUACUACGACCGCAUGGAGGCCAACGCCUACUACGGAGGCCAGCGCUUCGACACCGAGACCGUGACGCCGUUUUACCAGGGACACAAGAAUACGACCGUUAUCAGCCCGGUGUUUAAAGGCCAGCAAUUGCUUACGCUGGGCGGCAGCGAGGUCUUCAACUUCGAUUCGGAGAAGGCAGAUGGGGUUUUCGGCAUUACCGUGAGGCUAAAUCUUCGAAUCAGACCCAAGUUGUGUUGGAUCAAGAUUGGCCACUUCAAGCCUAAGAUCAAGUGCGGCUUGAAGGUUCCGCUAACGUCUAACGGGAAAUCACCGGCUGGCGCGUUUGAGAGUACGAAAUGCAGCUUGGAUUUUUGAUCCAUAUUGCAGCAGAUCUUCUCUCUUCGAUCGAGGCGUUGAUUUUUGUUUUUCUCAUGUAGUUUUUAUUCUUUAAUUGUUUUUGUUUUAUUAAUCAUCAUUAAUAUUAUCUAGCCGUUGGUGA